UGGAACGCUCACCCUUGCAACACACUUGAAAUUUUCGCCAUCUUUCCAGGCGAAGUAUUUGCUCUAUUGGAGACUUUUCUCCUCGGAGAGGGUUCCUUCUGUCGUCCUAUUUGAUCGGCUAACAAAGUAUAUCGGCGACACAUCCAUCUCCCCUGACACCGUUCCUACCGCUGUUCCAUUAUUCACAAACAUCGAGAGAUCGGAACGCACGCGUCAUAUCCGUCGGAAUACUGACAGGAUUGUCUGACGGCCGCUUGGGAUGGUCUGCGCAAGCUGAAUACGGUCGAACUGGGACAGACAAUGUUCACUUCAAGCCAAAUUCCCGCCUCCAAGCUCGGGUCGGGAAACAACAGUCGGCCCUCGAGCAAGGAUGGCCCAAAGAAGAAUAUCUGGUCAUCUAUGUUAGAUAGCGUCGCCAAUGGAAAGCGCUUGCCAGAAAAGAACCUUCUCAUCCUAGGAGGCACUCCAGAGAGCCAAAGAGACUUUCUCGACACAUUAUCUGCGGACACGUCUGAUCCCAGCUUGUCAAACGACAGGCGGAAAGGAAGAGUACCCCCAGUCGCCAAUCAGUUCGCUUUAGGAUAUACAUACCAAGAUGUGUUAGACGCUGACCAAGAAGAUACUUUGGCGCGUGUUUCUGCAUACCUACUUUCCGAGCCCUCUCUAUCUUUUGCGCCCCUCCUGAAACCGCUUUUGACCGCCCAAUCCGUCCCGGAGACGUUGGUCGUGAUCCUGCUAGACUGGUCGGACCCUUGGACAUGGGUCAGGCGCCUACGGGAAUGGGUUCGUCUCCUGCGACACGUUCUCAUUUCUCUGGAUGACGAGACAAAGAUUGUGAUGGAAGAAACUAUGACAGAGUGGAAGGAUCGAAAGAGGGGCAUGGAUCCUAGUUCAGCAGGAGCACAAGGAUUGACCAGCUCAGGUGGGCCGGUAACAAUACCUUUAGGGCCUGGCGAAUGGGAUGAGGGGCUAGGCGUUCCCAUGUGUGUGGUCUGUCAAGGAGCUGAUAAGAUCGAGAAAUUAGAGAAGGAUCACGGCUGGCAUGAGGAGGAGUUUGACUUCAUCCUCCAGUUCAUGAGGUCAAUUCUUCUUAAACAUGGCGCAUCACUUAUCUAUACCACACCUUUUCUGGCCAACUCGCUCCAGAGCUUAAUACAUUCAUCUCUUGGGAUUCACUCUCUCUUGAAGAGGCAAUCACUAAAGCACAACGUGAUUGAUCGGGAUAAGAUUCUGGUGCCUUCAAACUGGGACUCAUGGGGUAAAAUUCGAAUAAUUCGAGAAGGGUUUGAUAUGGAAGGAGUCUCAACAGCUUGGUCAAUUGAAAUUCAGGACCCGCCAGAACCACUCUCUAACUUAUCGAUCGAUGAUGAUAAGCCGGAAGGCGAAGGUGCAGUGGUUCCGGAUGAUGGAACAAGCGCCGUAGCUAUCUUCGAGCAGACGAUAAAAGAUCCCAAGCGGGACACAUCCAUGACGCAUCCUGGCAGUCAACAUAGCAAGAAUAAGGUUGAGGUCGACACAUCUGACAUGCAAAACUUCCUUACGAAGCAGUUGGAGGUUCUCGAACAGUUGAAACUUGAUGAUGAGAAGGAUCGUGCAGCUAAGCAAGUGCCCCAGCUCGAAAUGUCGCCGCUAGAUGACAAUGGCCGUGUGAAUGAGCACAUUGGGCCUGUGCAGUUUAAUAUGGGCGGAAUUCAGGUAGAUGCCGAUGAUAUGCUACGGAAACUCAAGGAGAGAGAGGCCAAUCGGUCCCAGAGAAAGGAUACCCUUUCGGUACCCAGUGGCGAGAAAUCGCACAAUCAAGCGUUGGCCAAUUUCUUUGCGGGCUUGGUCAAAAAGCCUGGAGGAAGUCCUCGCGGGAGUCCAAGUCCGUCGGGAUAGUCCCCUGCUUUUUGACUGGUGUUUUUUUGGUUUUGUAAUUUUAUUCACCCUCGCACACCGUACAUACUCUAGGCAUCGAGGACAUCGGCUUAGCGACGCUCAUUGUCAUUGUUUUUUGAUACCGGAAUGGCUUUAGGCUGGGUUAGGAGUCGAAGAGACGGCGGCGGAUUUCCAUGAAGAUUUUCUUGGUCCCCUUGCGAACU